GCAAAACGGUUACAACUAUCACCACGAGACUCUUCUUUUUCUUUCAUCGGCGACCUCCCCUCCCUCGUCCCUGGCCCAUCUCGCUGCCGAGCGCCCCAACCCCGUCGCUCCGUCGCUCGUCUUCCUCCUCGAGCGAGCGCCGCCACCCCUCCCUCCCCGUCCCGAUGCCGAGCGCCCCAGCCCCGUAGCUCGUCUCCCUCCUCGAUCUAGCGCCGCCACCCCGCCCUCCCCAUCCCACUGCCGAGCGCCCCAGCGCCCCCGCUCCGUCGCUCGUCUUCCUCGUCGCGCAAGCGCCCGCCACCUGGUUGAUCUCUCGGAUUCUCUCGUUCCCGGCCGUUUCUCCUCCCAUCACCUCAUGAAUGAAUUACGCCCUUUAGCCCCCCGUUUCAUCUCCUUAAUCACCCCCAAUUCGUAACGGUCCUCCGCCCGUGGAAACUUCCAUGGAAGCAGCGCAUUCAAGUUCUUGGAAAUCGGUCGGUGGCGUUCAUGAUUCUUUUUCCUCUCGAUCUUCCCCUGAAAUUGAAGAGCGGGCGCCGGAUGAGACGGGGAUGGAGCAGGUUUUGUCGGAUCUACAGGCGUUGAAGGGGCUCUACGGGCUGCUUCACAGGGGGCAGGCAAACGAAAAUUUAGAUGAGGCAUCGAGAGCUCUUCUGAUGAGGAUGCUAGAUAACGCCACCCAGCAGGCUCUUCUAAGACAAGCAAAGAUGCUGUCAGGCCCGUUGAUGUCUCCUGCUCUGGAGCGGAAGCUCUCCAUCCAGCCAGGCGGUCGCCGGACAAGUGGCGCCGACGCCGGGCCACGCCUAAUGCCCGUCCCGUCGCCAAGCCUCAGCAUCCGCGCCAGCGAGACGUCCCGCCUUCUCAUGCCGCAGAGCUCGGUGCGAAGCCGAUACGGCCACAUGCUUCCGCAGAGCUCCGUGAGAAGCCGGGACAGCCGCCGCGUCUACGACGACCAUCAUCACCUCGCCCGCGUCGCCUCGAACCGCUCCUCAAGAACCCCCCCAAUCGCAAUGCCGCGACAGCAAAGAGAUCCUGUGCAGCGCCUCGCUCCGCUUGCCGACCUGAGCGACAAGGAUCACAGGCUGCGCAUGGGUUCUGGCCGCGGGGAUCGGUCGUCUUCGCUGGAGCGCAGCAGCAGGCACCACGAGAGCUCCGUGUCCCGCUCCCGCGCGCCAUCGGCUCUCGGGAUGGCACGGCGCCACGGCUCCUCGACGCAUCGCUUCAGGAAGUUGGAGGACUCUGGGUUGUUGUCUGUGGGCGUCAUGUCGCGCCGUGGCUCUGUGCGCGGCACGAGGCAGUCGUCUUCGUCGUCAAGCGAGGAGGACGACCGGGCGGCUGUCACGACACGCAGCCGCAUCCGGCCCAACGACGAGCGCACGGAGCGCCGCGGGUUACUCCGAGACGAAGAAUCCGAAGAAGAACCCAGCCUGCCAUGGCGACGGAGGAAGGAAGGUAGCGUCAGCCUUGGCCAGUCGAGCCGCAACCGACCGCGGCGGACGCUGGAACGGAUCGACUCCGGCAGCACGUACAACAGCAGCAGCAGCGUGAUCAGAAGAAGCUCAUCAGGCGCCACGAGCCCCACUCCGUCGCCGUCGACGUCGGCUGCUCUAUCUCCCUGUUCCUCCUCGUCAUCGUCAUUGGUGUCGGUAUCGCCGCGGGUGUCGGAUCACGGGUUUUCGGCGUCGAGCUUGUCGAAGAGCCGCCGCCGUCGGGAGCGGCAGGAGAGGCGGGAAGGGCGGCUGAGGACGUUCAAGGACAAGAUCGCCAUGGUGUUCCACCACCGCCACGACCACCAUCACCACCACCACAUCGAGAACCACCGGCGGCCGGGCAGCAAGGAAGUCGAGGGGCGGCGGUUUAAAUCGCCGUCGCCGUGGAAGUACCUCGGGCUCGGCGGCAUGUUCCACCGCGGAGAUCGGGACGGGGAGAAGAAGAAGGCGAAGAAGGAGGAGAAGAAGAAGACGAAAACCACGAGUCGGACGGUGGUGACCGUGCCAGGGAAGAAGCCAGGGCGUGGUGGCGGUGGCGGGAACGCGCAGUCGCUGUUCGACGCUCUGGUGAAGCACAAGUUGGGGGCGCGAAAGGGGCCUGCGGCGCCGGCGCGGGCUAGGAUGGUGCGUGGGAGGAGCAUGAGCAGGGUGCAGGUGAAGAAGAUGCACUGGUGGGAGCGGCUGAGGCGACAGCGGCGUGGACGGGGGGAGGUGGCCGGUAGCAGCCGGCCACGGCGUCGGCUAGGACAAGGCAAAGCACUGUAGUUUGAUACUAUUCCAGUAGGCGCAAUUGUGUAUGCAUGCAAGGAAAUGCUCGUGCAGAAUAUGGUUGUACAUUUGUAUUGUGUUCAUUUUUUUACCAGGUUGGGUUGGGAUGUUUACCAACAUGUUGCCAUGUCGUAGGUAAAUCCAUCUUUAUUUGUGUUUUGCGUUUGUCCA